CUUCAGACAGCGCGGCGCGACGAGGGAGGGGGGUAGGUGAUGAAGAUUUAUGAUCUGCUCACUCCUGGGCAUCAUUGCCUACGCAGGAGACCCGCUCAGACCUGGCAAGCGCGUCGGAAAAUACACAGACUCGCAACACCUGUACGGACACCUCCCCUACACUUCUUGUGAGACACGGCAAUCCUGCUGUCCCGUAUACCCAGGCCGUCUGUGCCCCAGGGAAAUGUGCCACUCAUAAUUGUCGUCUCCUCCAUUCCAUCCCACACCACCCCCGCAUGCUUCCCUUGCCUCCCUCCCCUGUCUCCCCUGCAAACAUCUGAAACGCCACUGCACCCAACCAUUCUCAGCUGGCGAUCGGCGCUCGCCUUGCCAGAGGACUUAAAAUAAGCCACAGCCGCGGCUACGGUCUAAGCUGCUGCGUCGCUUCCAAAGGGCUUGAGCUCACUUCCUUGGCCUGAGGCCAGUAUAUUCUUUUUGGUACGUGCGCGCGUGUGUGUGUGUGAGAGAGAGAGCGAGAAAGAGAGAGAGAGAGGGGCGGAGGUUUCUCUACACAAGUCGGUCUUAUUAAACUCCGGGGCCAGCACGCAGCACCGGCCAUAGACCCCAGAGUGCCUUCCCCGGCUGUGUGUCUGCGAGCGACACGCUCAGCGAGGGGCCAAACUCGACGCAUCGAACCGCGCGCGCACAGGGCCAGACGGACAGACGGCAUCGACCGACCGCCAGCAAGACGGAGCAGUCGUGCUCGCGGACAGCCAGCUCGACACAUCGACAGAGCAGCGCAGUCUGGUGUGCGGUGAGCACGCGGGGAAGGGCACAGACAGCACGGCGAGAGUGUCUGCAGUCGAUACGCAAGGCAUCGGGGCUGUGCUUCAGCACGCACGCGCGCACAGUCCGCUGCACUCUCAAACGGCCAGGGGAGAGGCGGGUAGCGUUGCUCCGUUUUCGCUUUUGGUUUUAAAUGAUCGAGUAAGCGAGAGGGAACUCCAUGCGAGACAGGCACUCGGCAAAAUAAACAACAACGACGCUCCGUGGGUUUUAUACAGCGAGGCUGCGACGCGCACACAGGCGGACGGAGUGGACGGGAGAGCGUCAAACUAGCAGCAGCAGCAGUAAGCCUAGCGCCACGCAAUCACAGCUCAAACAACACCGACAACCACAGCAACAACUAACGCAGCUAUAACAGCAGCAGCAGUAAGCCUAGCGCCACGCAAUCACAGCUCAAACAACACCGACAACCACAGCAACAACUAACGCAGCUAUAACAGCAGCAGCAGUAAGCCUAGCGCCACGCAAUUACAGCUCAAACAACAACAACAACCACAGCAACAACUAACGCAUCUGUAACAGCAGCAGCAGUAAGCCUAGCGCCACGCAAACAUAAGCUCAAACAACAACCACAGCAACAACUAACGCAGCUAUAACAACAGCAGCAGCAGCAACGAAAGGCGGAGAGACAUAAUUCAACGGCGAUCCGUGACACUUCUGCAGGACUUUCUACGGCAACAACAACAACAGCAGCAGCAGCAGAAGAAGAAGCAGCGAGCGGCAGCAGGUGUCUGUCUCCUCCGUUCAACUCGCGCGCCGCUCCGUCUGUAACCAAGAGUGGGUCACGAGCAAAGCGCGCAGGCACGUGCAGUACCGGCUGCUGCAACGAGGACUCUAAGGGGCUGCCGGUGCCUAACUCGCCUCCAGCGCUGCCCAUCGACCGUGGCGGUGUCUGCCCGGUUUGGUUGUAUCCUGGUUUAGUUUCGUUCACUGUCGGUGCUCGCUGCGAGCUAUGCGGAGCGGAAUGUCGUCGCUUCUUGGCGCGCCACUGUUCCUGCUGCUGCUGCUCAGCCAGGGAGCGCGCCCUGGGAGUGCCGUAGGAGCUCAGUCCGAGAUGCUCAAGGCGUCACGCAACGCGCCCAAGACAAGGAACGAUGGCGUUGCCGAGGAGACGGUGUACGUGCUGGGUGACGGAUUCCUGCAGAGCCCUCGCUUCCCGUUGGGCUACCCGCGCGGCUUGGCCCUGCAGUGGCGGCUCCUGGCCAAGGCCGGCGCGCGAAUUCAGCUCGGCUUCGACGAAAGAUUUGGUCUGGAGGAGCCCGAGCACAGCGUGUGCAAGUACGACUAUGUGGAGGUGGAGGACGUGGCCGACGGAGCCAGCAGCGUGCGGGGCCGGUGGUGCGGGGCCAAGGCGCCCAGCGGCAAGCAGAUCUCCAAGUCGAACCAGUUGCUCGUGCGCUUUCGCUCCGACGAGUACUUCCCCGCCAAGCCGGGAUUCCGCCUCUACUACUCGUCCGUGGACAUGGAGAUGUCUGGCGGCACAGGCCUGGCGGUGGGGACCCUACACAGAGGACCCAUCAGCACCGGCACGGCCUCCGGCUCCGCCACCGGCGCAAUGCUGCCCAUCGGCACCGCGCCGCUGACCGGGGUCCGCGGCGCCGCCCUGCCUCCAGACGCCGGUGCCGCCGCUGUGGCGACGGGGACGCUGGCGGCGAGGGGCUCGGUGCUUGCCGUGCACCACGCGGGGCAGACGCAAUUGGGCGCCGGCAGCCCCUUGGCCGCGGCGGCAUCGGCGCCGUCCGGAGGAGGGGCCGUCGGCACGGGUGCGCAGCAGCGUGUCGCCGACAAGACGGCCGAAACGCCGGCGGGCACGGGUUCCCACCCGCAGCAGACGCUCGGAGCGAGGAUCCCCGUGGGGAUGCUCUCCGGCGGCACGGGCGGCACGGUCCUGCCACAGCGCGCGGUCGACAGGCUGGAAGAGGCGACGGGAGUUACGGGGACGCAGUCGCAUCAUCAGCGGACGCCGACGCACGGAGCGAGGGUUCCCGUGGGAACGCACGCCGGUGGCACCGUCGGCACCGGUGCCCACCGCGCCGUCGACAAGCCGGAAGAUGCAACGGGAGGCGCGGGAGGGCACUCGCAUCACCAGGGCUCGAGGGUGCCGGUGGGAACCCAUCUCGGCGGCACCGUCGCCGUCGGUUCUCACCGUCACGUCGAGAAGUCGGCAGAAGCUCCCACCGGGAGCACGGCGGUGCAGGCCCACGGAGCGAGGCUUCCCGUGGGCACGCACUCGGCGUGGUCCACGGCCGCGGGUUCCCACCGCGUCGCCGACAAGCCAGAAGACGCGUUGGGAAGCGUGGGGCCGCAGUCGAUGAGGCAGAGGCUGGUCGUGGGCACGCACGCCGCCGGCACGCACGCCGCCAUCGACAAGGCGGCGGUGGCGGAAGUGCCGCCAGAAAGCACGGGCGCGCAGCCGCACCACAGCACGUACACGUACCGGGCCAGGCACCCGGCGGGAACGCACGCGAGCGGCGUCAGCGGCGGCGUCAGCGGCGGCGUCGGCUCAGAAUCCGAGAAGUCGGCUGGCACCGGCGCUGGCAUGCCGGUGCACGGGAUGGCGAGGCUGCCCGUGGCGACGCUCGCAAGCGGGACGCAGCACCGUGUCGCGGAUCGGCCGGCCGAGGGUACGCCGGGAACUCACGGCGGGGACGGUCAGCACAUCGCCGCGGGCGCCAGGCAGCCCGGCGGCGGCGCGGGCCUGCAGAACGUGAGCAAGCACCUCGCCGACGCGCACGCCCAGAAGCACGCGCACGAGCAUGGCAAGCUCGGCGCCGGCAGCAGCGUCGCGGGCGGGGACAAGCACACGGCGGAGGCGGCCAAGCACCCCAUGAGCACGCUGGAGGUGGAGAAGCCCCACUUGGGCAGCAAGCAGCACGGCGCCGACGCCGCUCUGGCGGUGGGAACGCGAGCCAAGGAGCUGGCCGUUUCUGCCAGCACGCACCAGGAUGGGGGGGAGCAGCAGCAGCACCAGCAGCAGUAUCAACACCACCACAAGUCGCACCAGUCGCAACAGCAGCAACCACAGACGGCGCUGAGCAGGGUUCCCGUGGGGACGUCGCCAAGUGCGGAGACGCACGUCCCGGGGCGACGCGGGCACGGAGUGCCGGGGCACCAGGCGGAGGCGCUCCCUGCCGCCACCCGCGUACUCCCUGGGCACGCACGGCGGGGCCGGCGCCGCGGGCUCGGCGGCGCCCGGGGCACCGGGGACCCUGGGCCCGCCGCUGGCGAGCUCCGCAUGGAGGUGCUUUCGCACACGCUGUCCGCGUUCGAGACGCUGGAGGACAUGGUGAAGUUCCUGGAGCCCGAGUCGUGGCAGGUGGAGCUCGACAGGCUGGCCUUCUCGGUCCCGCAGGCUCGCGGGAGAAGCUCGGCACACGGCCGCCGCUGGAACGGGGAACUCAACCUGAACCGCCUGCGGGAGGAGGUGCGCCUCUACAGCUGCACGCCGCGCAACCACUCGGUGUCGCUGCGCGAGGAGCUGGGCCGCACCGACACCGUCUUCUGGCCGAGCUGCGUGCUCGUGCGCCGCUGCGGAGGGAACUGCGCCUGCUGUGCCCACAACUGCACGCAGUGCCGCUGCAAGGCCACGCGCACAGCACGCAAGGUGCACGAGGUCUUGCAGAUAAAGGCGUGGAGAGGAAGCUUCCACAAGAACCUGACGGACGUCCACCUGGAGCACCACGAGGCGUGCCAGUGCACCUGUGCCAACGGGGUCAACGGAUAAAUCGUGGCCAAGCCAGCCACAAACGAAUAAUAAUCGCACUUAUGGCUGCACCACAAACAACAGCGACAACAGCAGCAGCAGCGACGACGACGACAGCAGCAGCAGCAGCGCAAUCCAGCAGUCACAGCCUCAA